AUGGGUAUCUCCGAUAAUGAUGUGCAGAAGCAGCUGCGCCACAUGAUGGCUUUCAUUGAGCAGGAGGCCAAUGAAAAGGCUGAGGAAAUUGAUGCAAAAGCGGAAGAGGAAUUCAACAUUGAAAAGGGUCGUUUGGUGCAGCAGCAACGUCAGAAGAUCAUGGAGUUUUACGAAAAAAAGGAGAAGCAAGUUGAGCUGCAAAGGAAGAUCCAGUCCUCCAACUCUCUCAAUGAAGGAAGACUCCUGUGUCUUAGGGCGCGUGAGGAUCACAUUCGCAAUGUGCUGGAUGAAGCUCGAGUAAAUCUGUCGAAGAUCUCCAAUGAUCAGGCACGGUAUCCCGGCAUUCUGAAAGGGCUCAUCAUGCAGGCUUUGUUGCAAAUGCUUGAGAAGGAAGUGCUUCUUCGAUGUCGCGAGAGGGAUCUAGGUCUUGUGGAAAAACUUAUCCCAGAGUGUCUUGACGCUCUCGAAAAAGAAUGGGGAGAGAAAACCAUCGUGAAAAUCGACAAAAAUUUCCUGCCACCAGAAGCGGCCGGUGGCGUAGAACUCUCAUCCAAGGGUGGUAAAAUCAGAGUUUCAUCUACAUUGGAGAGCCGUUUGGAGUUAAUUGCUAAUCAGAUUAUUCCACAAAUUCGCACUGCCCUGUUCGGUCCCAACUUGAACAGAAAGUUCUUCGACUAG